CUGAACAUCAACAGCCCAUAGGCAUCGCCCGACAUGGCCGAGUUCCCCGAGAUCCCGCUGCCCGGAAACGAGAGCCUCAACGACGUGGUGCGUGACCUCCUGAGCGGGAACAAGUCGCUGUCGCAGAUCCAGGUCAACAGCGACUACGUCAUCACCUGGAACGGCUUCUUCAACGUCAUUGAAGUGGUGCUGGCCGCCUCGCUGUUCCUGGUGGUGCACGCGAUGGCGGGCGGCGACUCAACGCUUCGCUGCCUGGCCACCGUUGCGUUCGCCAUGGCCGUGCAGGGCGUCCACUUCCUGCUGUGCGGACUCUUCUCGCCCGUCGUCACCAUCAGCGUCGCCACCUCGUUCUACUACGUCUCCUUCCACUUCAUGGCCGUGCUCUUCUUCUUCGGCCCCGGCUUCUGCAGCAUCCUCAGCCUGCACCUGAGCAUACUAGAGUGCGCCGGAGGAAUCAUUGCUGGGAUAACGGCCGUGGUGCUGGCCGGCGUCCACCUCGUGCACGCCAUCUACUGCCUCACGGGCUCGGUGACCCGACACCACAACAUCAAGCUGUCCGACCUGCAAGAUACUGUCACGUGGUAG